AUGAAGUCAAUUGCCUUUCUCUCGCUCUUCGUGCUCUUCGGCCUCGUCGCUGCUUGGUCCAAAGAAGACUAUGAGAUCUUUGGUCUACAAAAUGAUGUGGCUACAAAUGAGGGGGCCAAUGUAACCUUCUACGACCUCCUCGAGAUCCGUCCCAAUGCCAAUCAGGAACAAAUCACCAAGGCCUACCGCAAGAAGUCAAGAACCAUCCACCCGGACAAGGUCAAGCGUGCCUUCAUCGCCAACUACGCCAAGGAUAAGAGCAAGGCCAAGUCCAACCAGGGGGUCAAUGUCAACAAGGGUCCUACUCAGCGCGAGAUUGAUGCCGCAGUCAAGAACGCCGAUGCCCGCUCUGCCCGUCUGAACCUCGUAGCCAACGUCCUGCGCGGCCCGAAUCGCGAGCGGUAUGAUCACUUCCUCAAGAAUGGCUUCCCUCUGUGGAAGGGUACCGGAUACUACUAUUCGCGCUUCCGUCCCGGUCUGGGCUCCGUACUGGCGGGCUUGUUCCUAGUGUUCGGUGGCGGUGCUCACUACGCUGCGUUGGUCCUUAGCUGGAAGCGCCAGCGCGAGUUUGUGGACCGCUACAUUCGCCAGGCCCGCAGAGCCGCUUGGGGCGAUGAAAUGGCUGUUCCUGGAAUCGACUCGGUCGCAGCCGCGCCUCCUCCUGCCCCUGAGACCGGUGAGGCCGGUGCCGUAGCUGUCAAUCGUCGUCAGAAGCGCAUGAUGGAUAAGGAGAACAAGAAGGAUAAGAAAGGAGGCCGUGUGAGCGCUCGUGCCUCCUCUGGUACCUCCACCCCUAUUGAGCAGACUGCUAGCGUUGGCGAGCGGAAGCGCGUCGUGGCUGAGAAUGGAAAGACCCUGAUUGUUGAUUCUAUUGGCAACGUUUUCUUGGAAGAGCAGAACGACGCUGGCGAGCGCCAGGAGUUCCUGCUCGACAUUAAUCAAAUUGAACGUCCCUCUAUCCGUGAAACCAUGGUGUUCAAGCUUCCCAUCUGGUGCUUCAACAAGACUGUUGGUCGGGUGUUGAGAACUCCCGCUGAGGAGGAAGGGGAUUCUGAUGAGGCUGAGGAGCUGGUUGAAGAUGCCGAGACCACUGCCACCUCUAACUCCCGCGCUCGGAAGCGUAACAAGCGCUCCCAACGAUCAUAG